GUCGCCCGGUGCGCGGGCGGGGAGGACGGCGGGGGACAUGGCCUGGUAGAGUCCCCUGGGGAGACCGUGCGGAGUUCAGUCCGGGGCAGGGCAGGGCAAGGGAGGGAAGGUCCUUCCCUGGCGCCCGCGCGGGCUGCGGCAGCAUGAAAAAGAACCAGACCGUGCAGGGCACCUUCAGCAAACUCUUCGGGAAGAAGCACACCACCAGCCCCAGCACCUCCCUCUACGCCACCAACCCGCCCUGGAUCUUCACCCAGGAGGCCCCGGAGGAGGGGACCAGGGGCUUCGAUGGCAUCUAUUAUGGAGACAAUCGGUUUAACACAGUGAGCGAGUCAGGAACAGCCACGCUGAAAGCUCGGCCAAGAGUCCGGCCCCUGCUGACCUUCCUUCCGCUGACUGAAUUUUGCUCUUGUCACCCAGGCUGGAGUGGUGCAAUGGUGAAUGCCCAGGAAAACCAUGGGCUGGCUGUCCCCACCCCCUCAGUUCCAGAAGACUUCACAGACAAAGUGACAGCACCUCCACUUCCCCCAGCUGCACCUCCUUUGCCCUGUGCUCAGAAGGCAGCCCAUCCACCUGCUGGAUUUACAAAACCCCCUAAAUCCAGCUCUCCUGCUCUCAAACCCAAACCCAACCCCCCCAGCCCAGCGGACACAGCCUCUUCAGCGCCUGUGGACUGGAGGGACCCCAGCCAGAUGGAAAAGCUGCGGAACGAGCUGGCGGCCUAUCUCUGUGGCUCCAGGAGAGAGGACCGAUUCCUCAGUCACAGGCCAGGCCCAACAGUGGCCCCUCAGAGCAAGGAGGGCAAGAAGGGCCCCAGCAUGCUCGAGAAAGAGACUCCCCCGAGCCCGCCAGCAAAGGACACUCCCCCAGGUGUUCCUGAAAAGAGUCUUGGCGGCAGCAGCCUGACAGAGACAGAGGCUACCCCCAGCCUGGCCCUGCCCCCUGUGGACUACAUUCCCCAAGACUCUCCAACUCCCAGUGUGCGGCAGAUCCGGAAUGAGCUGGAGGCCCGGCUCUUGUCAUCAGCAGAGAAGGAGGCUAAGCCCAGCAUAGGAUCUCUACCCCCUAAGCCUCGGCUAGAAGGGGGAAGAAUUUUUGAAAAUGGGGCUGAUAAUGACAAACUCUCCAAGCCUGUGGCCAAGAAUCUGCCACCUCAAUCUACCACCCUGCUGCCAACCACACCACUCCAGCCCAAGGCCAUGUUGGGACCAGCCACACCACCCAAGGCCACAUCUGGGUCAGCCACACCACCCCAGGCCACACCUGGGCCAACCACACCACUCAAGGCCACAUCUGGGUCAGCCACACCACUCAAGGCCACGGCUGGGCCAGCCACACCACUCAAGGCCACAUCUGGCCUGGCCAUAUCAUCUACAGCCACAACUCUGCCCACCACCACAUCCCAACUGAUGGCAGAGAAAGACUCAGGGCCAGGUGGGCAGCCAGCAAAGCCAGCAUCUCAAGAAGUUUCCACUCCCUCCCAGCCAAGGGGAGAGGGGUCCCCCUCAGAGGCCACUAGGCUGCCCACACAGGGAGCCCACUCAUCUCCAGCCCUCCCACCAAAGACAUCUCCUGGUGGAGGAGAGGUGCCAUGUCUCUACAAGCCCCACUGCCACCAGAGCAGCCUCAGCCGUGAGGUUGCUGUGGUGAUGCCCACCCUGGCCAGAGGAGGGGCUGCAGGGCCAGGGGAGCCCGCAGAGGUGAAGGAGCCCCCAGGGCUGCCAGCCAAGCCCUCUGCCUCAGCCCAGCCCACUGAUGAACUCCUCAGGCACCCGGUGACUGGGGAGGUGGUGGAGCGGGGCUCACCGAUGGCCCUGCUCCUGGCGGCCAGGCAGAGGGCGCAGAAGGGGAGACCUGGAGGGGCUGCCCUGGGUCGGUCCUCUCUGCCAGGAAGUCUCCGUGACCACAGCCACCAAGCCGAGGUCAGCUCUGACAGCAUCUUCCACAGCCAAGGCAGGCCCAACUCCUUCACUGUGGUGCCCAAGUUACCCAAGGAAGCUGAGGACUCCCCGCUGACGACCGAAAUACCCAAUAAGUGGGGGACGCGGCCGGGAAGAGACGCAGAGGGCACAGAGCCGAGCCGCAGGCACAACUGGACAAAGCCGGAGCCCCAGGCCCCUGUGGCCUGGGAAAGAGCUGCUACCUCCAACCUCCCCCAGGGCCACCCGCUGCCCAAGUCCUUCUCCUCUCCACCUUCUCCUUCGUACAAGAGAGAGGAGGAGGAGGAGGAGUUCAACUUCGAGGUCAUCCCACCGCCGCCAGAGUUCAGCAAUGACCCUGAGCCCCCGGCCCCGGCCCUCCAGUAUCUGGGCCGCCGGAGCUCCCCUCCCCGGAACAACUACUCAGACUUGGGGCAGCCCCCGAACGCUGGCCCCGGGGGGCCCCCGGGCCCAGACCGGAAUGGGAGCCCUGUCUGUGAUGGUCUGCAGUCCCUCCCUGGGGUCGAUAAGCCCAGGGCUUGUGGGGGCAAAUACAGAAGUAUGAGCAGCAUCUUUUCCUCUCGGUCCCUGGGGGAGAUGGGAGGCGUGUUGGCUAACCAGCUGCAGAUAUUAACCUCACAUCUCUUGCUCUCCCCCAGGUCUCCCCACACCACCACCCGCUAUGGAAGCCCCAUCAACACGUUCACCGUGAGGCCUGGGACCCGCCAUCCCAUCUCCUAUGCCUGCUCAGGGGCCCAUUGGAAAGCCACCUCCUGAGCCAGGGGUUCUCUUAGCUCUAUUCCAACAAACUGUGUCCUUAAGGAUCUGGGCACUUGUUUCUUGUGGGGGGUGGGAGGUACACAGCAGCUGUUAGGCGACCUGACUCAGACUCAGACACGGAGGAGUCUUUGAUCCCCAAAGACCAACGAUGAGAAGCAGUGGCCCAGGAAGAUCAAGAGUGGGCUUCUGUUUCCCAAAGCCUGGUGUGGCUGUGGACUGUACAUAUUGGGGGUGGGAGGGGAAGGAGGUUAGAGAGGAGGAACCAUUAAGGACCUGGGCGCUGAGUUUCUGCUCUCUGGUACUAUCUGCUUUAGCAAGAGUUAUUUAAAACAGUUUUACAAGCA